UGCCACUGACGCAAACAAAUUGCGAUUUUACAUUAUACUACCUAAAAACAACUUAUUUCACCAAAACAGAGGACCCGAUCCGUUCGCUCCAGUCCAUGAGUGCAAACUUGAAGAACAUAAAGCUGAGCCACUUCGGUGGCGGCGGAUCCGGCGGAGCGCCCAGUUCCGGUGGCUUUGGCAUCUCAGCGUCGUCCGGAGGCGCUGGCAAACUGCCCACAAAUGGCACGGGUGGCGGGAAAUCCGCUCCGACAAGCUCCUUCGCGGAGGCCGAGGUGCUGGCCACGCCCGGAGGCGUCGUUAUACCCAUCAUUCGCACCCGGGACGUGGCUAAGUUGCUGCCCACAAUUGCAACCGCUCUGCAGCGUCCGGCGGAUGAUCAUUUGGCCGCCGAGGAUCUGGAUGCAGUGCAGCUGGAGCUAGAACAGAUGCUCUCCAAUGUGGCGCUGCGCACGCGUGUUCUGAAGACAGAGUACGAUAGCUUGGACAAAGAUGAGAAGCGCCAAGAUCGCAGAAAGCUAGACCGCGUCCCUGGAUCGCCACCUUGCCCAACUAGUAUGCUAAAUGGCUUACUCGGCAUUGGCAGCAACUCCUCCACGAGUCUGGGCAGUCCCCUGGGCGGGGGAGGCGCCUCCUCCUCCAGCCAGUCAAAGCGGAAGCGUGAAGAACCGACGGGCGUGCGCAAAAAACACUCCUCGAUGACCAUUCUUAAGCAACAAGGCGUUUCCAGCAGCGCAGCGAAGCAUCAGGCCAAAAACAGCCCUCUGAUCGUGCACACCGAUGACAGCAUGGACUACCUGCCCACCUUGGUGGCAGCCAACGCCUCUGGAUCCGUGCUGCCGCACCAUCAACCUUUGCCUCAGCUGCCCAAGGUGGCGGUGCCCAAGAACGAUACACCCAACAAAUUCUGGCUGUCUGUCGAGCCCUACUGCAUGCCCCUAACCAACGAGGAUCUGCGUCUAAUCGAUGACCUGCUGGAGCAGUACCGGGGUCCUUUGGUGCCGCCAGUGCCCACGCUGGGACCGCAUUACUCCACGGUUUGGGCCGAGGAGGAUAUGAAGGCGUUGCAGCCCGGAGGAGCACGCCUCAAGUCGCAUAAUGCUAGCGGAAUGCUCAAAAAGGCCGAGGGAAUGGUUGAGGAGAGCAUUACGGGCCCGCUGACCCAGCGUUUGGUUUCCGCCUUCAUGGAGGAGUCGCUGAUGACGCUUCCCAGCGAACAGGCCGCGGUGGGGGAGCACAGCAACAGCACCACGAGCAGCAGCAACGAGAACACCCACUCACACUCCUCAUCUUCAGCAAAUGCCGCAGCGGCGGCUGCCUCCGGCAAUUUCCGAUCACUCGCCAUGAUGAAACAUGGCGUGGGCAUCGAACAGCGCCUGAAGAAGACUCUGAUAGAGAACGGUCUGAUCGACGCCAGUGAGUUUGCGGCCCAGGAGGACGUAGACGAGGUGCUGCUGGAGAUCAAGCGGGUCACGACCGAAAUAAGCACUAUUUCCCAAUUCAACAGCGAGGAACUGAAGCGGCUUCGUUCCGCCGCCAGCGAGGAGAUCAAACGGAUUGCAAUCAAGCGGAAAUUGGACACGGUCGACCAGGAGAUACUUGAGUGCUACAAACGGAUGCUGCAGUAUCGGGCCAAACGCAAGGGCCACACCAUCGAGGAGAAGCAGGAGAUACUGCGACUGACCAACGAACAACGCCUGCUAGCGGAUCAGUUGGAGCGGAUGCAGAUGCAUCUGCCAUGCAUCGGCGGCUCUGCGGGCUCCCUUCUCGAGUCCAAGAUGUAGGACAGGACCCUGGCCUGGGGCUGGUGCCAGCUAAUGGCCAUGCAUCAGGCAAAGAGGCAGGUCCGUGACGCUAGCCUCAAGCUGCAAUGUGUCUGAAGGGAUCCCUCCUCUGUCUCGUCUCCUUCCUUUUCGCCAGACUGUACAUUAGCAAAGAAUAUGACCCUGUAGAAUGUAGCGUACCCAAACCGAGGUGUGGAUAGUUAGGAGAAGGUGCUCCAGUGGCCCUAAAAAGCCCUGCAUAAUAUCAGCUUUUGGUUUCUCCAAAUCAAAAGCCACCUUCGAGACUUUCUAAUAACUUCCCUAUCCCGUAUUCUUAUCUUUGUCGCCAGACUGUACAUUAACAAAGAUAUAUACCUUAUAGUAUGUAGAGUUCAAGAUUAAAGUGAAUUACAUUAUUUAGAUAAUAUAUUCAAAGUGGCGGAAAGUAACUUAUGGCUAAUUCCAAGCUGACCUAUUGUGAAACCCUAGUUAUGCUAUUUGAAGACUUAAAAGUUUUAAAAAUAGGAAAAAAGACAAAUUUAUGUUCAUGAAAAAUAUACUACCAGAAACAGCCUUUCGUCUUUAUUUUACAAUUGCUAGGAAUGAAAUACAACAUAAAGAAGGUUGCAUACUUCCAUAUAUUUUAUGGCUUAAUAAUAAAAGCUGCUAAAAUAUGCUAGAUUUGGCUUUGUAAAUAGAAAUAGUGUUGAUAUAAGAUCUUUACUCAAUAAGUUGAGUUUUCUUUUAAAUUUAAUCUAAAACCCUUAAGUACUAGAAUUACCCACAGAUUACUAUCCGUCUCUAGGAAUCCAAAGUUUUUUUUUUGUUUUUUGCAACUAUAAAUAUUGAGCCACCCUAUUUAACGCUCCCAAAUACGUACACUUUGUAUAGCUUAAGUUAUCGCACGGCAAUAAAGUUGUCACUAUCGAGAGUAAA